AAAUACAACUGAAAAAUGAAGCGUGUGCAUUCAGUGACGAAGCUGUGCAGCACCUCGAAGAUGCUACUGAAGCUAUUAAGACACUGGAAAAAUUAAGAAGACGCACCCUUGAACUUCUAGAAGAGGAGACCAUAAAAAAUAGUAAUCUCCGUUUAAAACUCCAGACUCUUCCAGAAGUAGUUACCAAGGAGUUGGAAGCUCUUGUUGGUGCAGCCCAUGAAUCCAGUACUGCUAAGAUAACUCAAUUACAGACUGCACUGAAAAACAUCACGUAUGAAAUCGAAUCACUGAAUCAGAAGCAAAUCCUUUGUGAAACCCAGAAUGCUGCUAUGUGUAAGGAGCAAGAGUGGCUGUGGGUCCAGCAUGAAGAAGCUGUAGACUUACUGAACCAGCAGAUGGCACAGAAGGCUAACACAAAUAUACUUUUAAAUGAGUUUUGCAACAAAAAAAGGGAUGCAGAACAAGAAAUAAUCAACCUACUGAAUGCUGUCAAAGAAGUGAAAGAUGUUCUAGCUAAAGAAAUAAAAAUAUUUAAUGAUGAAAUCGAAAUGUGGGCUAGAAAGAACGCAGAGAUGAAAACAAAACUUGAUCUUCAGAAGGAAAAAAAUUCAGGAAAAAAGGAUGAAUUAGAAAAAUUGUCCAUAAAGCUAUCGGCUGUGCAGUCUGAGAUAGCUCAAAAUACAGCGAUUAUUUUUAAUGAGAAAGUUCAGAUAGCACGACUGAAAGAAACAAACGAACAACUAAUAAUGGAAUUAAAACUUAAAAUGACGGAAAAGCUGGAACUCUGCGAAAGGAAACAUAGCCUCGAUUCUGAUCUACUGCUUUUGCAAUCAAAAAUUGCCCAAGAAAGGGAGAAUCUAAAUAUUGAUAUAGCAAAG